UUAACUUUGCAGGUUAAUUCAGCGUAAAUCUCAACAAUUAAAAGAUCACAGUAGAGUAUAUAUAUUUAAUUCGAUAUCGAAAUACAAUUACCAUUACAUGUCAUACUUUUCACUUUGCGAAUGAAUAUGAUCUGAUUUUAAAUAGAUUGGUUUCAUAACAAGAUGGACCUUAAUUAGCAUGAUGUUGUUUAUGGUAAAGAAAGGAAUUAAUAAUUUAUUUAUCACACAUUCUGGAAUAACCUUUGACUUUUCAUGAUUUUUAAAAGGAAGGACGUCUUUAGUAAACCUAGUCUGUUAUUGAACUAUUAUUCCGUUUGCAUAGUAUGUGUAAUACGUGAGUGUGCUCUUAGCGUCGGAAUGGCUAGCCGACUGUGGCGCUGCUCUUGUGGAGAUUUACUGAGAGCAGAGUAUCUGCCUGUACACUGCAGGCAUCAGGGCAUUCUCUCAGACGAUUCUAGUCCGGAUGAAAUUAAACGAUUCUGGCCAACAGUAAAUAAGACUGGUUCUCCUUCGUACACGAUGGACACUACUCCUCUGCUAUCAGAACCAGAGGAUGGAUCCAUCCAAGAAUCCCCGUAUCACCUUCCACAGCCUCUUCGGGGUCCAUCUCUGGAUGAAUUAGCUGGAUGUGGUGUUGAUGUUAGAAGCCCCGGUGACGACAUUACAACGACGGGCAUCGACUUCAGGGACGACACGUCUCUCAGCACGAAUGUCCAGAUCGACAGAUUGAAAGAACACGAAGAAGAACACGAACCAACUGUGAGAAAAGUCGUUUUUUCUCCUGAUGCGACGACUGCUGAUCCAGUUCCUUUGGACAUCCCAAGACGUAACCCCAUUCGUUCAGCAUCAACAUACAGUAAUCAGGAUCUCAGUGACCUUGACAGCGUAUCUACUUCCACUCGUCACGAUGGCCACUACACCUCUGCCAGUAUCGAAAACAUGCACUCUAGACCUGUUCCAUCUUUUAGAGCAG